AUGGGGAAGAAGGACAAGCAAAAGCAAAAGGGUAAACAAUUAGGCGCUGCAAGGGAUAUACCCAAUAAGGAAAACAACAGUCGACUAACUUAUUUGUAUCACCUCAGCAAUCUCUUCACCACUACCACACAAAAUGGAUCUCAUUUAACGCAAUUGGCAAGAGGGUACACCAGAUCCAUGGAUCUUAUAGCCAAGAAAACUGUAUCUAAAGUUUCACCCGAGGUCAAGAGAACCAUAUGCAAGAAAUGCCAUACGUUGCUUAUACCGGGAUUGACCAUGUCUAUGUAUAUUGAAAAUUUAACAAAGGGUGCCCAGAAUGAGAAAGGAGAUGUGUUUGUCAAUAAGUGCUUAUUGUGCGGAAAGUGCAAAAGAUUUCCAGUUGGCAGGGAUAGGAAUUAUGUACCUUUCCACCAGCGGAAUGCUGUAAAAGAAACAGUAGAAGAAGGAGAAGAAGAAGGAGAUAGUCAAAAGAACCAAAAUAAAAUAAUUGGCGAAUAA